GGGGGGGGGGGUCUAAAGUGCGGCGAAGUGGAUGAGGAUAUGACCUGGAUGGGAUCGGGAUUGUGGGAUGCGUGUGGGUGGUUUGAGAUCAUGAUGUAGACCAACGGUUAUGAUUCUGGUGUCCUGGUGUAUGAAUGAUGUGGUUCUGCGAAGGUGGUUUCAAAUCGUCGAAGCGGAGGCUUGUUUCUUUAAAGGCGAAAAUGAUUGAGGCUGGUUGCAAUUGGCGGGCUAGCCGCUGAAGUUGUGCUUGAAUUUGAAUUCGUUCUGUAUUCAUCUCCUCAGUGGGUGUACCGGAAGAGUUUCUAAAACCAAUAUGAUAGGUGCACUGGUCUGAGAUAGUCGGCGGAAUUGGGUGUGAGGAGGAACCAGCUGGGGGAUUCUACACCUGCGAGAAUCAUAUUAGGUCUUGGUUUAUCACCUGGCUUCAAGGAAGCUCGUCUGUUUGAUGCUAUGGUUGAGUUGAGAACGAGGCUGCGUACGUGGUUCAAAGGAGCUGAACAAAGGAGCAUCGUUGACAGCUCUGGUAGAGUGAUCGAGGUGAAGGGAGACGCGGUCUUGACGAAGUCGUUAAGCCAGUGAUAGUGCCCCAUGCAAAUAUCUCAUUGCAAGUUUUGGUAUCCAAUUACAUUUGGUGCAAAGCCUGUGCUGUACAGACUAAACGUGCUCGGGUAGUUGAUGAAAUCAGUAUCUGCUGCAAACUCACGUAGCAGAAAUGGUAAAUCGGGGUUGGAAUUGAAUGGUUCCUAGAGAGGAUGUAAGAUUCGAUCUUCAUCGUCUGAGCUCUUCUUGCGUCGAAAGUUUGCUCCAACAAAAACAUUUCUUGAAAUAUUGUCCUGGAGAUGUAUUACAACAAGGAUAAGAAAUGUGAGCUGUGGCUCUUCGUUUGGAGUCGUAUCUUAAUGAAUUUAAGAGUAUGUCCUGCAUAUGUGGACCGUGGGCGUUGGAUAGGUGGAGAUAUGAAAUGAGCGGCUGCAGAUUACGCGAGGCUAAAUUUUGAGCACUAAUACACAUUUUGGGCAAUUUUCAGCUAUAGAAUGCUGACAUUCUUGUUCAGGUUCAUUUUCAAUGGACUUGUGCUUUUCAUUAUCACUCUACCGCCGGCAGUAGCAGCGGAUGAACCUUUGCGAGGGAAAGAGCUCGCAUCUCUUCCUAUUUCAGAUGAAGAUGCAAGCGUGGGUCUCAGAAAAGGUCUGCUAUCCGUAUCUCCAUCAUCAGAAACGUGGCUCAGUAAAGAUCAAGCAGCUUUGAAGAAUUGGGCGUACUCACUCUUAAACGAGACAUAUAACAUCAACUUCCGUAACUCAUGGUUAUCCAACAACGCUUCUGCACCAUGUGGAUGGCAUGGAGUACAAUGUGGAAGUGUUGAAGGAGAAGCUCGCGUUACUGGCCUCAAUUUUACUGCUCUCAACCUCACAGGGUCCAUGCCCUAUGGACUCGGGAACCUCACAGGUCUUCUCAGUUUAGUGAUAGCUUCCAACAAAUUCAAUGGAAGUAUCCCUACCGACAUCGGAAAAUGUAUCAAGCUCGAGAAUUUGGAAAUCUCGUCCAAUGCUUUUUCGGGGAAUCUUCCAGGAGAUAUUUUUGCAAAUUGUCAGAAUUUGAAAUAUUUACGAGUUUCAGACAAUGAUUUGGUAGGGCCGGUACCUGAUCAUCUAUGGAGCUGCGCUAACAUCCAAGAAAUUCAACUCAGGGACAACAAUUUUACUGGUGAUUUGACCUCCGGUGUUGCUCACCAACUCCACUCUUUAAAAAAGCUAGACCUAUAUUUAAACCAAUUCACCGGAAAUUUGACGGAUGUGCUUCAGUCGGUUGGGUGCUCCAACCUCACUUACCUGGACCUUUCCUUCAACAUAUUUCGUGGUGACAUCCCAGCUUCGUUGGUAAGUUGUAGUCAGCUUUCCCACCUCAAUUUUCAAAGCAAUAUGCUGACUGGAACCAUACCAGAAGAGCUGGGCCUGUUACAGAAUUUGGAGAGUUUGAGAUUAGGCAAGAACAAGUUCACAGGGACGAUUCCUGAAAGUCUUCUGCAGUGUCAGAAGCUCUCGGUGCUUGACGUGAGCCGGAACUUACUUUCUGGGGGCUUACCAAUAUGGUUGAGUAGGAUGCCAAGCCUUCGGUACUUCACUGCUCACUCGAACAACAUCUCCGGUGAAAUCCCGCUCGAGCUUGGACAAGCACCGAUGCUGGUCCACCUCGAUGUGGGCAUCAACAAUUUGAGUGGUAGAAUUCCUUCAGAGCUUGCUAACCUGACAACUUUGAGGUUUCUGCGCUUGGCCAGUAAUCAACUUGUUGGGUUCGUACCAUCAGCGUUUGGGAAUUUGACUGGCUUGCAAGGGCUGGAUCUAUCUGCGAACCAUCUCAAUGGGUCAAUACCGUCCUCCCUUGGGAACCUUCACAGUCUCAUGUGGUUGCAAUUGGCGAAAAACCGACUGAGUGGUUCGAUUCCAGUGGAAAUGACAAAGUGUAGGAGUUUACUGUGGCUGAAUUUGCGCGACAAUCUUUUGUCAGGAGAACUUCCCCGUGAUUUAUAUUCACUAGGCAUGGAUACAAAUACAGUUUUUUGGAGAACCCUAGGAUUAAACGAUUUCCCGCUCAUGAAUUUUGGCGAAUGCUCUCUAGUACAGAGCUGGAUACCUGAGGAUAUCGCACCGUUCAACAACAUGGCAAUGACCUUGAAACAUGACCAAUGUCGCAAGCAAUGGCUGGACAUACUGCAUGGAAACAGACCUGCUUUGGGGUACUGGCAGCUCUCCAAUAAUGAGUUCACUGGAUUGAUACCUGAGCCAGCCUCAAACAUAUCGAUAAGCUUAUCCUGCAUCAUUCUGUCAAAUAACAAGCUCUCAGGUCCAAUCCCAGUAGGCUUCCGCAACGUCCAUUUCUACAACAUAGACCUGACACACAACAACUUCAAUGGCUCCAUUCCAGAUAUAUUCGAGGGUUUGGCACCCACUCUCCAGAGUCUACAACUUUCCUACAACAACCUCGCUGGUUUUUUACCCAGCUCUCUAAACAAGUUGAACUUUCUUUCCGCCUACAAUUUUUCCUAUAAUCCUGAGCUAGAAGGCCCAAUUCCGGACCGUUCAUCAUUUCGAAAUUUCAAUCCAUGGGCUUUUAUUAACAACACAAAGCUUUGCAGGAAUCCAGAUGCUACUCAAAGACUUCAAUUUGAACAGGAUAUGAAAGUUUGCAGCAGCAUGUCCGCCUCAGCUCCUCCCUUUCUCUCGGUAACCAAUCAAAGUGAAUUCUCAAAACACUUGGUAUUGGCCUGCACGCUCAUUGGCGUUUUUGGUGCCCUUCUGGUAUGCAUAGUAGUAACUUCCAUGUUUCUGUUGGUCAUGAAGAUCAAGGAUCGUUGCUUAGUGGGAAGGAAGCAAACUUCGUCGAUCGUGGACGUUGAAGCCGAUUUCAGAACAUGUAACGUGAUGCGUUCGAACUUUAAUUACGUACCAGUCCACAGCUUUGAUGGGUCAUUGAAGCCCCUCACGUAUUCAGAUCUGGUGGUCGCAACCGAAAAUUUUAACUCAGCUAAAAUCAUCGGUGACGGUGGCUUCGGCAUGGUGUACGAGGCGAAGUUAGCAGACGGCACAGCCGUUGCCAUCAAGAAACUUGUGCAAGAUGGAGCUCAAGGCGAUCGCGAGUUCCAAGCUGAGAUAAAUAUACUGGGGUCCAUUAAGCAUGUAAAUCUUGUGCCUUUGUUAGGAUACUGCUGCAGGUGGAGAGAGAGGUUACUGGUAUACAAGUGCCUCAGUAAUGGAAGCUUGGAUGACUGGCUGUAUGAGAGCCAGGAACGAGCAGCUACACUAACUUGGCCACUACGGUUGCGAAUUGCUGCUGGAAUAGCUCAGGGGCUAUCUUUCCUUCACCAUGAUUGCAAUCCACUGAUCAUCCAUCGCGACAUGAAAACUAGCAACAUUCUUCUGGACGAGAAAUUCGAUGCUUGCUUGACUGAUUUUGGACUUGCGCGCCUAAUAACAGGCGAGCACAUGACACACGUGAGCACUGUGGUAGCUGGUACCCCUGGAUAUGUACCACCAGAGUAUGGAGUGACAUGGAGAGCAACUGCCAAAGGAGACGUGUACAGUUUUGGUGUGGUGAUGCUCGAGCUUGCUUCGGGGAAAAGGCCCAUUGGACCCGACUUCCAUGGUAUGGAGGGUGGAAAUUUAGUUGCAUGGGUUAAAACUCUUGUCGAGACUCACCGGCGCAAUGAGGUGUAUGACCCUAUCGUGAUACGAACUGGUGACAGUGAAUCACUCUCGAACUUUUUGACAUUGGCAGACCUGUGCACAGCGACUGAGGUGCGGCGUCGCCCUACCAUGCUUGAAGUGUCUGGAAAAUUGGAGGAGCUCAAAUGCAGGCAAGAAAUCAUUACCGCCCUGCAUAAUGGUUCCAUGACGCAGGACAUCAAGGAUGAUUCAGACGCAUUUAUCCGGGCGUUCAAGGCCGGCUUGCAAGACACUGUGGAAGAAAGCAACCAUUUACCAUCCAGGAUCGAUUGUCAUAAUAUAUCAUCAGGACUGGAUAGAGGAGACGUCUAGAAUCCUCAGGUGUCAAGAGUAAUUGGGUUGUGCUACUUCGAGAGCCGCCUUAAUGCGUGUCUUGAAGAGGGAGCCGUAAAUACUACGAGGGUUAUUGCUAGCAUAUUUAGCACGAUUUCAACAUUACCUAUAUUUAGACUUGUACAUUUCAGUUUUGACCGACUAUUCAAAGGUAAAUCUGCUGUACCGACUUGCCCAAGGCAGAAUGUAGUAGCCCAAGUGAGGUAGGGGAGUAGGUUCCAAGAACUUUUCCGAAUCUUUUCACUGAGCCCCUAAAUAGGUGCAUCGUAGCUGAGUGAUAGACAUGAAAGCACACAGCACUUGUAGCAUUUCUAUUCAAUGACUGGUCCGAGAGCUUUGUCCUCGGGCUUCCAUAAUAUAGGUGCUUCCAUUCUCCAAAAAGAGAUUUUUAGUUAA